AUGGUGUCGGACUCGACGCAAGAUGCGUGGCGACACUGGUGGCACGAGACCAAGAGCGGCAGUAUCAACACCUAUGCGUCCAUCGUGCUCUUUUUCCUCUCUACUGUACUCGCAAAGUCCAUCGCUCGCUGCCUCUUCUGGGUCGUCCGGAAAGCUUGUCCGACCAAGUGGAUCUGGCCCGAUGAAGCACCGCAGAUGAUGAUGUGGCAGACAUCACUUUUGUGUCGAGCCGGACUUUUAUGGAUUGCUAUCUUGGUCUCUCGCUUGUCACUAUUGCUGCAUAAAUGGCCAUCCUGGCUCUUUGGCAUCUGCUUUCUCAUUUGGAUGGACGCAGGUGGAAAUGUACUGCGAGAAGUGAUUGUUCGGAAAGGCGUUGUGGGGUACAAGAAGGACGAGAAACCAGGACGGAUGACGCUCCUGUACGAAGGCAGUACCCUGGCCAAGAUGUUGCUGCUUGUGCUGGUUGUGUACACGUACUACAUUGCCCCUUGGAUUGAAGAAUCGAGUGAGCUGAAGCUGCUCUUUUCUGUUGGGUUCUUUGUCUCCAUUGCUCUUGCUGCACUGCCAUUGCUACGCAAUGUCAUGGGUGCACACUAUAUGUUUCUGGCCAACAUGCUGCAUCUUGACUCGAUCAUUUAUCUGCAUGGCUCACGAAAAGGUGUUGUCUGUGAUGCACCGCUGGGGUUUAUUGUACUAGCAACCCGCGACAAUACCAAGACGUUUAUUCCUGCGGGCGGGACAGUGAGCCACACGACAGAGGUGUUUCACAAGUUCUUGUGGCCUCUUCGACUGGACGUUCGACUACCAGUGCAUACUCCGGCGAGGCGUGUGCGCGAGUUCGUGCAGGAUAUGGACCGGUUGUUGUUUUGGGACCCUGUGGUAGUAAUCGCACCUGACGGAACGGCUGCUGUCUUGGAUUCAAACGGCAGUUCUUCAUUCAUCGAUGCAUCACCGCAGUAUGAAAGCGGGAGCGCCCGUGGAUUCACGAGUGCAGCAGCGGCUGAGAUGGCCACCAGAUUAUUGUUUGAUGAGAACCGGCAAGAAGAAGAACGCAUUGUACGGCGUGCACGAGGCAAUGAGGGCUUUGUGGCGUUAGAGGCCAACAAGAGAUGGGUCGUCCAGUUUCGGACAUUUGUUCAGGCUACCGAGAAAACACACUUUCGUCAAACUCGUGCUGCUUACAUUGAGGCGACUACGAAGCUAAUGGAGAAACAGGGAAUGGCCUUUCGGUCGCAAGUUUCUGUCACUGAGCCUUAA